GGCCAAAAAAAAAAAUAAAAUUAACAUUUAAAAACAAUAUUUUCAGAUUUUGUUUUAUAUUUUAAAUUCGGUGGAGAUUUUCUCUGUGGCCCUGAGGCAAAAGUUGUUCGAUUUAUUUUUCUGCACAACAUAGUUUUUUUUUUCGGAAAUUUCAAUUUUUUGAUUUUUUUUUUUUUUUUUUUGGCUUUUUUUUUUUUUUUUUUUUUUUUUGUGUGUGUGAGAGAGAGAGAGAGGGGGGGUGAGAAAAAGAGAGAGAGAGAGAGAGAGAGAGAGAGAGAGAGAGAGAGAGAGAGAGAGAGAGAGAGAGAGAGAGAGAGGUUGGUAUGGGCAACCGGUUCACAAAGAAGAAGGCUUUAGUAGAUGAGAGGUACACGAAGCCUCAGGGAUUAUACCCGACCCAACGAGACACGGAUUUGAAGAAGGUACGGAAGCUGAUACUCUCUGGCAAGCUGUCGCCAUGUUACCCGGGAGAGGAUAACCCUCGUGACGAUCUGGAGGAGUGUCCCAUUUGUUUUCUCCAAUAUCCUAGCCUCAAUCGAUCUAAGUGUUGCAAUAAAGGUCUCUGUACGGAGUGUUUCCUGCAAGUGAAGAAUCCUGGAGGCCAGACCAGAGCUGCGCACUGUAAGUGUCCUUUCUGCAAGGCCGCUGGCUAUGGCGUCGAGUUCCGCGGAGCUAAGACUUUGGAGGAGAAGGGAGUGGAACAGAUCGAAGAGCAGAAGGUUAUUGAGGCCAAAAUGCGCAUGCGAUUAGAGGAGGAGGAACGUCAAAGGAAACGCGAAGAGGAUAUUAGGAAUGGAGUGAUUCCACCAACUCCUCCUCCUCCCCUUCCUCCGCCUCCACCUCCGGCAUCUUUCUCCAGCUAUACUUCAUUGAAUUCACUGAGUCCUCUCGCUGCCUCGCACGCGCCCCUCCCUCCUCUUCCAUCUUUCUGUGCGUAUCCUAGGCGGCCUUUCACGACGACCCCUCCUCCUCCUCCUCCUUCUUCCUCCCAUUCUCCUCCUCCGCCCCCCCCUCCUCCCAGAUUACCCCCAUUUGAUCUUCGUUCGGACUCUUCUUUCCUUGGAGGGACCGCCGGCCCGUCACACGUCGCGCCCGACUCGCUUGCUACGUCGGAGCAGAGGUGGGGAAUUAUGCCCAGUGUGCUAGGAGGGGACCAGAGAUGGGGUAUUUAUCGCGAUCGGGCCAUUGGGGAAGGAAGGAUCAUCAGUUCCAGCGGCCCUUCCGUUAUGUUUGGUCCCGUUCCGGGUCUUAGACACGACGGCUUGUGGAUUAGGACGCAGCUUGAUUCCGAUAUCGCACCAAUGGGAAGAGGGGGGAUGGUCCUGGGGGCUGCAGUGCUCCCUGGCGCUGUUGGUGAGGGCGCCACGGGUUUUCCCGGUCCCGUUUCUGUACCCCCUGGUCCAAUAUCGGCGGCUACCGAUUCCGCGGACAGGUUCGGUAUUCCGCCGUACGGGCAGCCGCCUGCGGGCGGCGCGGGGCUCCGCCAUCCACUCGCGCCACCUUCCGACUACCACUCGUUCCGCGCGCUGUUCGACCCCGAGUUCCAAGAGCAACUGGACCUUGAAGCGGCAAUUCGGCUAUCUCUGCAGGACCAGCAGCAAGCGCGAAUGGCCGAGCAAUCAGCGGCCGCGGGGAACUGCGGGGGCGACCAGUCCCCGAACGAGGGCGGGGGACAAGAGGAUGGGGAAGGGCGCGGUGAUGUCCCUUCGAGGGGGAGGGGGGUGGGGGAUGGAGAGUUCUCAGGCUGCAGAGAGGAGCAGGACAUGGCCGCGGUGGCGGAGUCGGAUCCACCCGGAGGAGAGGGGGAAAUUUGCUUUGUGGAGGAGAGGCAGCAAGAAGGUCAUCGGCAGGAACCACAAGAGCAUCGGCAUCAUCGCGAACACGAGGAGCCGGUUGUGGUGGCUGACGGCCAAGGUAAACGAGUGUUUGAUGGUGAUAACGGCGAGAAGGAGGAGGAGGAGGAGGAGGAGGAGGAGGAGGAGGAGGAGGAGAUGGAUGCAGAAGAGAUUGUGAAGCUUCUGCAGGCGAAGUGCGAAAUUGAUGAUCUCAUGAAGACUCUAAGAGCUGAGGUCUUGGUAGUAGGAGGGGGAGAUAGCAGCCAAGCCGCUCCUCGUAUCGAUGAGGCGAACUCCUGUGGAGAAGGGAGGGAUGGAUGCGGUCGUGACGGAGGAGAGGUAAGAGUAAAGACGAGAGCCGAUCAAGCUGCGGGGACUACUAGUGGGAGAAAAAGGGAAGAGGAGGUGGAGGUGGAGGUGCAGGUGGAGUUGGAGUUGGACUUGGAAUCUCAACGCUGCUGAACUGGAGGCAGGCAGGUGGCAAUGUCCUAUGCCUUUUUCAAACCAGGUCCACGUCAUGUCCUAUGCUAACCAUCUCCUAGGUUCGUUCUAAACCCAUUCCUUGCUAAUUUUUUUUAUUUUUUUUUUCCUUGCUAAUUUUCGCGGCAUUUAAUAAUAGGAUUCAUUCAAUGACAUGGGUUUUAACACACAGGUGGUAGUACCGUGGUACACAUUACUUUUAGCCAUUCGGCUAAUCGGCUAAUCGGGUUUAACUCAUGGUUUUAACACAUUUCUUUUGGCCUGGAUUAGCUCAAAUCCAGGCCAGAAAGGGGGUCGGUCCCUCAAGGGGGCGGACGGAAAUUCCGCUGCCGAUCAGCGCAACACCCCUCUCACGGCAGUCGGCUUAACCCCCACAAGAAACUUGCCCCG